AGCGUUAUACAGGCCCAAGAAGUAGGGACAGCACCUCUAAGGAAGAACGAACAGUGAGGGAGGAGAUGGAGCAUGAAGCAAAGCUGCUACGUGAUGCUCAGCACUUGGAAGAGGUCCUUAACAUUCCGCCUGGUGAACGAUGGGAGAAGGGUUCUGUUGAGUGGAGGAAUGCAGAGAAGCUCGUGAAUGAGUCGGAGUUCCAGCAGACACUCAGUCAGUUGGAGGGCCUCGUUACCGCACGGAUAUUUGAAUUAUCCAGAAUGAAUGUAGCUGGCACUGGUUACAAAAUGAGGCAGCAUCUCUCACAUGCCCUCAAAUCUCGCUCUAAGGCAAUCGAGAACGCUCUCGAAAGGUACAAUGCUGCAGCAGCAGCACUUGGACGACGUCAACUGAAGUGGAAAGAGGUGGUUGACUGUACAUUUCUGGCCGAGUUUGACCUGCUGAAGGAUGCACGAGAGGAUGUUCGAGAUAAGCCUUGGGCUAUUCCAGCCAACCGGGAACUCGCCACCGCAUUUUUCAAGUAUGCCCGAGCCGAAGAAACCCUUCCACGGCUACACAAUGAAAUCAAGUCUCUGGUUACCUGGAUGAAGGAGGAAACGGAAUAUCUGAAGGGAAUGGAGUUAUACUACAGGCCUCAUUACCCUCAGCUCUGCCAUCAGAUCCACAUCCAUCGCUUACAACGGGGGCGAUUCUUCGACCUCCACCAUAUGCGGCUCAACAACAUCAAACAGUUGCCAGGCUUUAAUCCACAACACUGCACCUUCUUUCAGCCUGGACGAGGACUCAAAAGACCGCUGGUUCCCGGUGGAGAAGUAGGAGCUUGCAAUGAUGAAGGGCUUGUUGGGGAGGACAACGGAGGGGAGGACUCCGGCGAAAGUGAGGGUGAUGAAGAGGAGUGCGAGGCCUAUGAGGCCGCAGAGACUGUUCUAGGAAUUCUUACCGGCAUAUAAUCUCCUCUAUAUUGUAUUAGACAGUAUGAACCGAAAAAGCACGGGGCGGGCAUUUUACGAC